GAGAAUGGGACAGGGCUGAGCUCAUGCAAAAUGGAUCGGAGAGGUGGGGUACCUGCUGGGGCAGAGGGCUUGUCACAUGGCACAUGCUUGUUAUCUUCCCUUUGGUCUCAAAUCAUGAACUAUGUGGGGCAGCUGGCUGAGAGCAUCUUCGUCAUGGCAAAGGGGCUGUACCAGGAUCUGAACCCUGCCACCCUGUCAGGUUCUAUCGAUGUGGUCGUGGUGAGGCAGCCUGACAACUCCUUCAAGUGCUCCCCAUUUCAUGUGCGCUUUGGGAAGCUGGGAGUGCUGCACUCCAAGGAGAAGGUGGUUGACAUUGAAAUCAAUGGAGAACCUGUGGAUCUGCACAUGAAGCUGGGAGACAAUGGAGAGGCCUUCUUUGUUGAGGAGUUGGAGGAACAUGAGGACAGCAUCCCCUUCUUCCUCCACACAUCCCCCAUCUGCAUGGAGCAGAGCCCAAAGGAUGCUGUUCAGCCCUCCUAUGGGCUGGAGGCCACCAGUGCUGAAGUGAUCCUGCACAAGAGGAGGCAACACAAGAGAAGGCAACACAAGAGAAGGCCCAAGAAUGAGGUGUUGGACUCAGAUUCUGACAGCUGUGAUGAGACCAAAAGCGAGGUGACCAUAAAGGAUGAUGCAGCAUGUUCAUCCUUUGCUGAUCUCCUUGAAGAAACUGGGUCAUUGCAGCCCCAAGAGAUACGCCCGUACUCUGAUGGGGAGCUGCUCGAAGGGGACAGCUUCAUGCUGAGCCACCAAUCUUCUCCAAAAAGUGAUUCUGAACUGGAGAUCAGACGACAGCAAAGUUUUUCUCUAGGGGCUGAAUCCCACAUGAAGUGGACCUGGGGAAUGCUCCCUCAGGUGAAUAAAUUGGUGCCAGAUAAACCAGCCAAGUCCACAAAGAGCAUUGCUGCUGCAGCAACCACCAACUCUGCAACACUGGUCCCAGUGGAUGAGGCAACCCCUCUUGUUGCCACCUCUGAACAUCCAGGAGGGGAUUCAAGCCCAGCAGGACCUCAGGGCAUUCCUCCUUCUUUGCCUGUGUCUUCAACUGAGACAACACUUGCACCCCAGGCUGGGAACAGCAUCUCCAGGCUGAAGGACAUCCUCCGCGCUGUCAGGGUGAAGAGAUUUUCAGGGGCCUACUCAGUCCCACAAGAGAAACAGAAAGGAGAUGUGAAUGUUGUGCCAGAGGUUCAGCCAGAUGUGGAGCCCUUUGAGGGAGCCACUGCUCCAAGACAGGGAGGCUCUGAAGGCCCCACGUCCCAGCAGGAGAGGCAGAGGAGGCAAGGAUCCAUCAAAAGAAGUCUUCACUUGGGUCCCAGUGCCAUUUACCUGGAAGACUUCUCCAAGCUGGACAAGAAGCCGGUGGCUCUCUAUUUCCCUGAGAGUGACACAGAGCAGAGUUUGAGGCCUGUGACAGACCCCAGCAACCCUCUGUGUAUCCAGCUGCCAUCCACCUUGCCUGCCAACAGCUCCAUGGACUCUGACUCAAUGCCCACAGUUGCCCUGUCACUGUGUGGGGGCCUCAGAGGCAACAGGCAGAUCUCUCAUGAGAAGUUCGUGGAACACAUGGUUUCCUACAAGCAGUUUGCUGAGAAUCCGAAGCUCAUCAGUGACCCAAACCUGGUGAUAAUGAUCAACCAGAAGUAUUACAACUGGGCUGUGGCUGGCCCCAUAGUCCUGGCCCUGCAGGCUUUCCAGAGGAACAUUCCUGAGAGCAUCAUCAAUGAAUUGGUGAAGGAGAAGAUGCCCAAGAAAGAUAGGAAGUGUUGGUUCUCCUGGAGGAGGAGAGGAUUCCCAAAAGAGGGGCAGCAGCCGAGGCCAGGGAGAGCCAGCAUGGGAGAAUUGUGGCAUAGAGGAGCUCGGCAGAGGCAGGAGGAAAAGGAGUCUUCCAGUGACAAUGAGCCCCAGCAACCUGGGGACAUGUUGGCAAUGGAGGCCCCUGCUCAGAAACUUCUGCCAGCCUACAAGAAAUCCCUGCGUCUCUCCUCUGAACAAAUUGGAAGGUUGAAUCUGCAGGAUGGCCCCAACGAGGUGGCAUUCAGUGUGACAACUCAGUACCAGGGCACAUGCCGCUGUGAGGCCACUAUCUACCUGUGGAACUGGAACGAAAAAGUGGUGAUCUCAGACAUCGAUGGCACCAUCACCAAAUCAGAUGCUCUUGGACACAUCUUGCCGCAGCUGGGUAAAGAUUGGACUCACCGUGGGAUUGUUAAACUUUUCCACAAAAUCCACCUGAAUGGCUACAAGUUCCUCUACUGCUCGGCCAGGGCUAUUGGCAUGGCCCACAUCACCAAAGGCUACCUCAAAUGGGUCAAUGAACAAGGCUAUGGCCUCCCCAUGGGCCCCAUGCUGCUUUCCCCCAGUAGUCUCAUGUCUGCCUUCCACAGGGAGGUGAUUGAGAAGAAGCCAGAGGUAUUCAAGGUCACCUGCUUGACAGACAUCCAAAAACUGUUUGCUACCAAGUGUCCCUUCUACGCGGGCUUUGGGAACAGGCCCAAUGAUGUCUAUGCUUACAAGCAAGUGGGGCUGCCAGAGAGCCACAUAUUCACAGUAAACCCUAAGGGAGAGCUGAUCCAGGAGCUCACAAAGAACCAAAAGUCAACAUACGAGCGGCUGUCGGAGCUGGUGGAGGUCUUCUUCCCUCCUGUGGGACAGAGAGGGAGCACUGGUCUGGUAUAG